AUGGUCGGUUAUCGUCAAGAAGACUCUUUAACACCGAGCCAAAAGUUAAUUGCGGGUAGUAUUUCUGGAGUUGUAACUCGCUUCGUUACUCAACCUUUAGACGUUCUUAAAGUAAGAACCCAGUUGCAGAAGAAAACAACUGAAAGUAAAUCUCUCACAUUAUAUGGCAUAUCAAAAAAAAUGUUAUUAGAGGAAGGUAUAACAGCUUUUUGGCAUGGCCACAUACUUGGCCAGGUGCAUUCCGUUCUCUCAUCUACGAGUCAAUUUUUUGUUUACGAAAUGACAACGAAACUUAUUUUCAGUUAUCCCAUAGAUCCUAAAUAUAAAUCAUUUCUAGAAUUCAUGUGUGGCAUAGCUGCUGGCACUUGUUGCGCAACCCUCGUCAUCCCUUUGGAAGUUAUUCGAGUACGACAGAUGCUGGUAAAGAAACAAUAUGGUGGCUUUUUCAAGGGUGCUAAGGUUGUAUAUGCAUCCGGUGGACUUCUGGCGUUUUUCGAAGGCUGGACCGCUAGUGUACUUAUGAGCCACAAGCCCCAAGACACAUUGGACACCCCAAGUACGUCUAAAAAUCUAGUAAGAUGUACCAACCUUAUACAAUGUUUAUCUGACACUGUUAAAAUGGAAGGUUUUUUUGGACUAUAUAGAGGUUUAUUAGUGACCGUGUACAAAGCUCAAGCAACCAGUAUUGUAAUGUUCACAACUUACGAAUUUGUAUGUUUUCUUUUAAGGAAAUGAUUUUUUAUUUAUAUAAGAAUUGCAAUGGCCAUAUUUUCCGUUUACCAAAAAAUGCGUGUGUUAUCACCAGACAGUCGAGUGAAUCUUAUCAGACGAGCCGAAGUAAGUUUAGGUCAAACCAAUGAGUCCAGGCCACGUCAUCGGAGGCAUGAUUUACGACUAAUGACAGGACGCGCCGCUUUAUGAACGAGUCUUGUGAUUGGUCGGAAGUACGAUGUUGGACGUGGGCUAGAAGCCUUGCUUUGGCCUUUGCUUUACGAUUUCUGCACGUCUUAUGGUUGUCAGCGAUCAGCUUACUCAAAAUCUAAUAAUGAUUGCAAUGUCGGUAUAGUUUACCUUAGUAAAGCCACCACAAAAAACCGCAGGUCUUUGUGAGAUAUAUGUUUUAAGUUAGUAAUUUAUUUAAUAUAACAGACAUAAAAAAAACAAAUGUUUAACAAAUUCAACGGCUCUUUAUUCCUUUCUUUGGUUCCUAUAUACUACAAUGGUAACUUUUGUACAAAUUGUCUCCAAAUAUUUGUUAUACAUGUUGAGAAUGUGAUUACA